AGUGGUUAAAAAUGUAUGUCUCUUCAAUGCUUCUCAAAGAUGUCAAAUGCAAAUCUGUCUCAGACAAACAACACUGUUGGACUGGAGUAUGUGGGGAUACUGGGAUCAGUAUUGUUUUCCAUUGUAACUACAAUGCCGUGCUGUGUGUUUCUCUUCAUUAAUGGGACCAUGUUAUUCACCUUGAAGAGUAAAACUGUGUUUCGUGAGACAUCCCGUUACAUUCUUCUGUUUAACCUCCUUUUUGCAGACACUGUACAGAUGGCACUGAGUCAGUUACUUUUCAUGUUGGCUGUUUGUAGAAUAAGCCUGACAUAUCCUGUGUGUGGUGUUCCCACCAUGCUCAUCAGUCUCACAAGCCAAAUCUCUCCUCUCACACUGGUGGUAAUGUCUCUGGAGAGAUGUGUAGCUGUGUGCUACCCACUGAGGCACUCUACCAUCAUCACCAUCAGAAACACAGAACUGGCUAUCAUUGUGGUUUGGGUUUUCAAUUCACUAAAUGUCCUCACACAAGUUAUUUUACUGUUAGAUUUUCCAUUUGAAAACCUGGAGAGCCUGCAGAUGAAAGAUUUUUGUGCCAUAGAAAACAUGCUACUUGGCCGGAUGUCUGAUGAUUAUGACAAAGCGUUCACUUCAUUUCUGUUUGUAUCAGCUAGUGUGGUAAUCACUUCCUCCUAUAUUGGUGUGAUAAUAGCAGCCAGGUCAGCCUCCACAGACAAAGCUUCAGCUCUAAAAGCUCGUAACACACUGCUGCUGCAUCUGGUGCAGCUGGGCUUCAGUCUCUCCUCAACUAUACACAACCCAUUGCUUAAAGCUAUCUCAAAGCUCCUAGACAAGAUAAUAUUAGUGCACAUUCAAGUGGUUCUUUAUGUGUGUUUUAUUAUCUCCCCAAGAUGUCUGAGUUCUCUCAUCUAUGGAAUCAGAGACCAGACCAUCAGACCCAUACUAUUAAACAAUCUUGCCUGUCAGAGGAGACGCUCACGUUCCCUCUCAACGAAGGCAAAAAUCAGCAUGCGUAUCACUUCAUAG